AUUCUUUUGAUGAGAGUGAUUCAAACGCAAACGGCCAAAGGAGUGCACUUUUUGAAAAAUAGUUUUGCGCCAAAAUAAGCUGCAAUGAUGCUCCCGACAUGGUAAGUAGACACGUGAUACUCCUCUGCAAUUUGAUGAAAGCCAUCAAUUGCAAAUCUGAUUGACAAUUAGUGGCGAAAUUCGGUAGAUUUUCGUUGAUGAAACACGACGAGCACUUCUAAAUUCCAACGCAAGUAAAACUUGUUUGUGUUUUGCAAGUGGAGCAGUCUCUUUGAUGGAAACCUAGAAGUAGGAUGACUGCAACGAGGAUGAGCAAGAAAAUCUCAGCCCCUCCAGGCUUGGACAUUACCAACUCGCAGUGCGCGACCGCCGUGCAGCAGGAGACCACGACCGCCGCGGGUGCUCAGCAGCACCUUGCGGCCGCGGGCGCAAUGACCGCGACGCAGCUGGACGAAUUGAUGGCCGCGGCGACGGCCGGAACAACUGACCCGUCCGCGCUGUACACCUUGCAAGCUGGCGGAGCGGGUGUCCUUCCGGCUUCUACCGGUGUGUCGAACCCUGGGCAGGCCGAUCCGGCCCAGUUAUUGCAGCAGCUGCAGCAGUUUCAGGACCCGACCUCGCAGCAGCAGCUGUCCGCGGUGCAGCUGCAGCAGCACGCGUAUUUGAUGAACCUGCAGGCACAACAGCAGUACCUGACCAUGAUGCAAUUGUUGCAGGCCCGUUCUUCGGCUGCCGACGGCGCGCAGCAGCAGUUACCGCCGUAUUUGCAGCUGCAGUUGAUGCGGUUGAACCAGUUGCGGAUGAUGAACCCGGCCCUGCUGGCCGGCGGUGCGGCGGCGGGAGCCGGGGCCGCGGCGGCUGCAACCGGUUUUGGUGCGUCGACGGGCAACGCUUCGCUGGACGCUGCGGCUGCCGCCGCGGCCGCGCAGAGCAGCAUGAUGGCCGCUGGAUUUCCGAACGCGGCGGGUUUGUCGGGUGGACCACAAGGCAACCUUGCUCAGGACAAUUUUCUGGCGAACAUGAUGCAGGGAGUUGUGGACCCCUCGGACCCGACCCGUACGGCGUCCACCGGCGGCAUGGAGCACUUACUGCAGCAGGACCCCCAGCAACUGCAGCAAUUUUUGCAGCAAGCCUACCCGGGCAGUUGUGCGAGUGGUUCUCCCUACGACCAACACUCCGUGACGGGCUACGAUUCCACCGUGUACCCGCCGGCGACGCCGGCGAACCCCCUGAUCAGCAGCGGAUACGAGCCGCCGGUGCCACUGUUGCCCCAACACGGCGCGGCCACUGGCAAUGCUGGUACCGCGGGAGGUGCUACAGUUCCGACCAAAAACUACUCCAAGGCGUCGACCUCCGCGAAAACCAAUGCUUCGAAUUCCGUGACCACUAGCUCCUACCAGGAAGACCAGUUGCAGAUCGAGGGUGCGUAUCCACCGGUGCAAAUAGGUCCAAGUCGGGAAGAUCGCAAGAUCUGUCAUGCUGGUCAUGAUCUACUUGGAUCAAUAACUGUCAUGGAUCAAACAUGAAGUCUGCCAUGCAAAAUACGCAACGCAUACCAGCGCAAAGAAAACUUGGCAUGCUUGGCUGCGUACUGCAGUGCGCGCAUCAGUCGCAGGCUACCAUUAGAGCUUUAUUCCAGACUAAGACAUAUUUGCAUUUGAUACUGCGGACUCGCCGACGGUCAGCUACUCGCCGGAAAUUUCCUCCUCGCAGAUGCUAUCAUGCGCAAAAGUAUCGACGUAAUUGUACUGAGUCUUCUUGCAAUUAUCAUCGUGCAUGUUUACGAAUCUAAAUGCUCUAGCUGAUCUAGCAUGUCACAUUGCACUUUUUGAUAUGAGCAGAAAACAUUUGUAUUCUAGGCUUGCAGUAGUUUCAAAGUAUUCUAGAACUCGAUUAUUUUGCAACGCAUAGCCGCAAAGCGGUGCGCCGAAUGUCGUGGUGGAUUGCGGCGUGCUGGUGGAAGACAAGACUUCCGCGCAGAGCAUCUUCGACAAAAUCUCUUCCAACGAUGAGCUGUUGAACAACGUGACUUCCACUGGAAGCACCAUCAAGCCUGAAGAUGACGACGAGUAUCUGACGAUCUCCCCGCUGAAGAUGAAGCGGUGCCCCGCGUCUGCCGUCGCGAAUUCCGGUGGAAAUCACGCCCGUGGUGCGACAAAUGGUCCGGCUGCUACGACCACGACCGGAGGUGGUCCGGCCAGUAACCUCACGGGUACGGCCACCGGGGGACAACAAUUACAGCAGGCGGCGCACCACCAAACUACCAUGAACAACUUUGCGCAGCAGCUGAACCAGCAGCACCUGGCCGCCGCGCAGCUGAAGCACCUGCAGCUGCACGCGGCGCAGCAGCAGUUGCUGCACCACGCGCUCGCGGGGGCUGCCGGGGCGGGAGACGUGGCGUCGAAAUACUCGUUGUUUUCCGCUGGGGGUUAUGCAUUGCAAAAAUAUCGGACUAGUAUAAAUUGCAUCACAAAUUUUGGCAAGAAGAAAAGUGGAAUUUGUAAUGCUGUUUUACUUUAGGAAGGAGAUUUGUCAUGCAUGUUUGCAAUUAGUACGACUACGAUACUUUUGCACAGGAUAGGGGUGGCGCCGCGGGUGGCAUGCACCACGGCAACCACCACCAGCAACACCCGUUUCACACCUCGUACAAGGUCCUGAUUUAUCAACUGUAAAAAUGUCUGGGUCUGGAAGAAUGCAAGUUUGUCAUGCUUGUCUCACAUGACUCGUAAAUUUGUCAUGCACAUUACCCAAGAGCCCCAAUUUUCUGUCAUGCAGAAACGCUGUUUGUCAUGCAGAGUAGGCAACACCUAGAAGCUCAGAAGCUUGUCAUGCUGAGCCAGCACUUGUGGCCUCCUCGUGAUACGCCACCCAGCAUCACAAGUUUCCAGACCCAGACAUUUUUACAAUCCAUAUGAUUUCCAAGGACAAGGAGUUCAAGGAAUCGAACGGGCCCGCGAAGAUGACCCCCUGUCCCUACUUUAACUCCGGCUGCUGUGCGUACCGGUGGUGCACUCUGAGUCACGACGUGGAGCACGCGGAGUGGGUGCGGGCCCAGUGGCUGAAACCGGACGACAUGAAUUUGAAACGCCAGGUGCAAGACCAGUUGGGCGUGCGGUAUGAUAAUCUUCUGUUGCAAGAAGAUGAUUUAUUGGAUGUUGCCAUGUUGCUUAGGGGGCUUUAGGAGUUUGCAAGAUUGCAUGCUCUCGAGGAGGACUGGCAUGAUAUGUUGUGCCUUCCGUCACUUUAUACGUAGCUUACUUACAACUUGUUUAUUCUUUAUUGGUUAGGAUUAGCCUGUAUUGCUGCAUUGAUUUUGAUACUCGAUAAAUGGAAAUCAGGUUCGCGAGCCAGAAGACGCAGUUCAUGUCUCGGGUCGGGAAGCCUUCCAAGUACGCGUUGAUGAUUCUGGAUUUGCACGGUUCUCCGAAGCAUGGAAUUACGGAAUUUCCCUGUAUAGUCUUUUUUCUCUGCUUGUUGUAAGUUCCGCUUCACUGGAAAAAGCACGAGAAGAAAAAUACCUGGAAGCUAGUACCACCUUCGCAUUCAUUUGUUUCCACCAUACCGAAUUAUCAUUAAAGGUAUCCUGAUUAAUCGAUGCGGCAAGGAACUGGGUCGUUUCCACCGUUGGAUCUUGAAUCCCCGUUCCAAAAAUCGCGCUUCGGUGCCGCAGGCGGUUUAUCCUGUGCAAAAACAUCAUCAUAGCAUGACUCUGAGUACUUACAGUUUUGUGCAGUUGUACUUGUCUUGCAGCAUGACAGAUGCGCUUACUUAGAUAGUGCCUGAAUCUCCAUCAUGAUGAGCUGAACCAUUUUUGCUUGUGGAAAGAUUUGGCAUGCACUUCACACUAGUGCGAUACGGGUUUUGCAAAAAUGCAUACGGUUCCCCUGAUGAAGAUGUUGGUGGAGCUUGACGCGUGGUUGAAAGGCUUUGGCUUUCGUCUGUAUGGCAAGGCCCAGAAGAUUCCCGUGGUCACCGGCGAGGACAAGGUAUUAAUUCAGAUUGGAACGAGAAAAACAAUCAUGUCAUCACAUCUGGAUGUGGCUUUGUGAUGGAAGAUUUACUGCAGAGAGAGCAGAAAUGUAAUCUGUAGUGCAACAUGAACAUCAGGAUGAAAGGUGAAUUGGAUUUAUUUCGCCUGGAACAAUAAACCAACAUCAUCAAACUUGAGGUCCUCCUCGAUACUGGUUCCACCCCGCCGCGCUCGGACAAGGGUCAGGAUGACGAUAAGGAGCUUUUGCUGAAAUCGGAGACCGCCGCGAUGGUGGAAGAAGAGGCCGGCGACGAGGUGGAGCACCCGCUGCUGGUGUGCACGUCCGGCAACUACGACCUGCGCACCCUGCUGCCCAACCUGAUCAACCGCGCGAUCGCCACGUCGGACCAGGGGUCCAACAGCAGCGCUGGGUCGGACGAGGGGUCCAAUAACGGGGACCAAGCGUCGUCCGUUAACUCGAACAUCGGAACGACCACUAUGUCGUUCUCAAUUGUUACACUCUCAACUGUUCCAUGAAUUUGCGAUGCAAAAAUAGCAAAAGCCAAAGGGAGAGGGUUGCACCUAUAGCAUUACGAAUUCCGCACAGAUUUAGAUGCUGUAUAGCCCUGCUUCGGGAAUUUGUCAUGCGAAGCAGCUUGAUCCUGUGGUGGCUUACGGUAACUUUGCAUCACAAAUCAGGUAACAGUUGAGAAUGUAACGUUUGAGAAUGCCAUAGCCACCGGAUCCGCUUUCGGCCCCGUCACCGACAUCGAGAAAACCAUCCCGGAGCUUUUCCACCAGUGGUGCAACGUGACCAGGAUCUUCAACGAGCUGCACAACCUGGAGUGCGAGGGCCUGCGCGGGUGCCUGGGGCACUUGAAGCUGUUGGAAUUGAACGGGCUGCACGCCAAGCACGGGUUCCCGCAGUACUUCGGCAUGCACGACGUGGAAAACUUCAGUACUGAGAAAGAUGACCAUAGUUGAUUUUUUAUUAUCAGGGUGGACCAUACUGUUAGUGUUACUACAGCUACAGCAACAGCAUGAUCACAGAGCCGCGUGAGUAUGUUCUCCUGUUUAUUUCGCAUUACAUGUAUGAUCAUACGGAUACACUCACUUUGAAAAAAGGUGUGAAACUCUCAAAUACUUUAUCAGGCAAAGUAGUCCAGGAUUGCUGGCAGUUGUCGCCCAAUGGCCUGCACCCGACGAGCGGAUUGAGUAUGAAAAGGAAGGGAGAAUAGAAUAUCGAGAGUUUGUCCUCGUGCUGUCUGUCUUGCUGGUCGUGUGCAGCAAUGAGACAAAGUCGUUUUUUUUUGAAUUUGAUCUACUUAUUACAGUGUGCUGAUGUUGAUGCUUCACAUGUAGCAAGCAUGAUGCAGGAUCGCGGUUUUUAGCACGGUAGAAGUAGAUGCAGCAAGAAGAGCAGCAACAUUUUGAAGCAGACAUAAAAGUGACUAGACACAUUAAGUACUUCCACUUCUCUCCUUUCAUACUUAAGACCGAGAAGAAUUUGUCUCUCGUUCAGGAGGACAAGCAGGUGAAGCUGGAUUUGCACGCCACGGGCUACGAUAAGGAUCCGUGCUGGAAGUGCGAGCGGCGCAACCAGGACUACAACGGGGCUAACGCUGGGUACGGCGGGCACGGCGCUUACACCCACGGCAUGUCGAACGCGAGCGGCUACGGAAUGGGCGGUUUGGCCGCGGGCCUUGGUGGUGGUCACCAUGGGGCCGCGUACGGUGCCGCCGGGGGUCAUCACGGGUCCUCGUACGGGAUGAAUAAGAUGGGCCAACAUCAAUACGGCGCAUACGGAACGACCACGAUGGGAGCGAAUCAGGGUGGAAUGAACAACACCUACAACAACUUCAACUAUGGGAACAACAAGCACGGUAGUUCUCAGUCCAACUACAAUUAUUACAAUACCUCGUCGAUGAUGAACAUGAAAAACCACAACCACUACAAAAACAAUAAUUCGGGCGGGAUGAUGAACAAGAAUGAUGGGACGAUGAACAACAACACGAGUACCAUGAGCAAUCAAACCGGUACUACUGCUGCAGCACUGAACGCGGCCGGGGCCGCCGCGAACUCGGCCGCUCUGACGAGUCAGCAGCAGAACAACAGUGGCUCUAACUGGCGCGGUACUUCCACAGGCACGACUCCUGGAAACAAUCUGCAGCAGGUGAGCAACAUGAACAUUACGACUUCUUUGUACAACCACGGUGGGGAUAAUAUCAACCCGUCUGCAGGAGCGCCGAACACUACUUCCUCCAAUAACAAUUUCUCCCGUGCUCCGGGCGCGGCGCCGGGCUUCAGUGAUUACGACUCUUCCGUCUAUGCGGCCAAGUACGGCACGAAGCCCAUGCAUGUGGUAUCAAAUGUAAAAAUGUCUGGGUCUGGGAGAUUGCGAGAUUUGUAAUGCACAUUUUGCAUGACUCCUGAUGUCUGUGAUGCAUGCCCUAGCAUCACAGAUUUUGUGAGGGCUUCCUGAUGCCUAUACCGCAUGACAAAUGCUCUUUCCGUGUAGCAAAUUUUGGACUCUCUUUGCUGCUCAUGCAAUACAGAUUUUUUUAGAAUCCAAAAUCAGCAUGACACACAAGUUGGAUUCUUCCCGACCCAGACAUUUUUACAGUUGAUAUGUGGGUGGGGGCAACAACUGGCGCGGGCAACACCAACAGGGAAAUGCCAACGCGUGGGGCAACGGGAACACUCCGUCGACUGCUGCUGCGGGCGGCGGUGUCGGCGGGGUCUACAACCCGUAUCAGCAGUACAACUGA